AUGUUUCUUCAGUGCGUGUGCCUUCUCCUGUCUGUUCUUGUUUCUUACAUAGCAGUGGCAGCGUGCAGUCUGUAUAAAUUAAUUAUCAUUCAGAUUAACACUAAGAAAAGAUACGUGUCAGAAAGAGUAUCUUUGAUUAAGUCAGAAGAAAUAGUGGUUUCUGUUUUAUUGCACACAGGAAUAUUCAUUUUAUUCAUUGUUGGUGUUAAGUAUUAUGCAGUGCACCCAGAAAUUACACCAAAUGAUUACAUCUGUGCAUAUUUAGGAAUUAGGGAUAUUUUAGAAGAGUACAAGCAAAGAGAAGUGCAGAUACUUCUUAAUGACCUAUUAGAACAUGCAUUUAUAUAUAGUAUAUAUAGUGUUAAAAAUACGCAUUCAUACUUUAAUAGGGCACUAGACAUAUUUAUGUCUAUAUAUCUUGUGAGUAAUCAAUUUAUUCCUAUUUCAAGCUACUUCAGUGCUUUUAAUUUACAGAAGUAUCAAAAAACCAUACCAAACAAAAGAAAGUUCAUUGUAAUGUGUGUAAAUGCAUGUGUUUACCUUAUUAAAAGAACAAUUCUACAUAUUUUAAUGAGAAAAAACAGUAUUUUUUUAAAUUAUGUAUUCAUGACAGAGAAUAACAGCCAAAAGAGUAUAAAUUACAUAUCUGUUUCAAUAAUACUUCUUCAAGUACUGCAUACAAGAAAGAUUCUUGAGUAUAUGAUAUAACCCGAAUUUUAUACAUCAUCUAUGGCAGACUCUAUAAUAUGCAAUAAUAAAUCACAAAAAAAAUAAUAAAUUCAUUCGC